AGGGUAGGUGACAGUGAAGAGGCUAUAAGAAGGGAGGAGGUGCUCUUAGCUAUUGAGUUACAGUGACCCUAAAACAAAAGAGAGCGACAAAAGGGUUCUUUGCAGUGUUGUUCUCUCUUUCUCUCUUUGGCUGACCGUUCAGAGAGAUCAUCUUCUUCAUAUUCCUAUUGCUGCUUGUUAUCUUUGCAACGGAUUAUCAAUGGCUUCAUCAAAUAGACACUGGCCUAGCAUGUUCAAGUCCAAGCCCUGCAACACGCAGCAUCACCAAUGGCAACAUGAUCUCAACCCUUCUCUCCUGUCAUCAAGUGGAUGCAACAGAACUUCGCCAUACUCAUCUGGUUGCGAGGAGCGAACCCCGGAGCCAAAGCCGAGGUGGAACCCGAAGCCGGAGCAAAUCCGCAUACUUGAGGCGAUCUUCGACUCCGGGAUGGUCAACCCACCGAGGGACGAGAUUCGGAAGAUCAGGGGUCAAUUGCAAGAGUAUGGGCAAGUCGGCGACGCCAACGUGUUCUACUGGUUCCAGAACCGGAAAUCAAGAAGCAAGCACAAGCUCCGUCACCUCCAGACCUCGAAACAACAGAGGCAACAACAAAACCAAAACACCAACACCAACACCAGCAACAACCACCAUCUCAAUCCAAUCACAUCUUCAAUGUCACCCGCCAUCACAGCUCCUAAUUCUUCUUCGUCGUCGUCCUCGUCUGACAGGACCUCUCCGACUGGGUCCAAGAAGACAAACUUGUCCCUAGGUUCGUGUUCUACGGACGCUCUCGAUGUCCCAAAUCCGGUUAUGUCCAUGAACCAGGCCUAUUUCUCGCAGAACCAUCAUGGGGAUUUUUUCACCGAGCCGUCCUUGCUUUUCCCACAACAAAGUCACCAGGGCGUAAGCACUUGUGUUUUCAGUCAAGCUGGUCAAGGGCUUUGCUUCUCUCCACUGGCAAGUGUGGUUCAAGUCCCUCAUGAGCAAAGCCCUAAUAUUGGCCCUUGCACAAGCCUUUUACUUAGUGAGAUCAUGAACAACAACAACAACAACAAUGCAGCUGGUUCUGAGAAACUAGGGCAAAGUGAUCAUCACAAGGUGAAGAUGAUGCAAUUGCCAACAACCUCUCUGGGCAAUAACUGUUCUGUGAUCAACCCUUUAGGGACGACUCACUCUGCUGUUUCCACAACUGUCACUACUAGCCUUCCUCUUCCAAGCACCAACAUCAACCAUCUUCAGGGUGUUCCGGAGGCCAGUAACGAGGCGAAAUCCACGGUGUUCAUCAAUGACGUCGCGUUCCAGGUGGCAUCCGGGCCGUUCAACGUGCAGGACGCUUUCGGGGAUGACGCAGUGCUUAUCAACGCCUCGGGUGAGCUGGUUCUCACCAAUGAGUGGGGUCUCACUCUUCAGUCGCUCCAGCACGGCGCCUCUUAUUAUCUGAUAUGAACACGCGUGGAGGCUAAAAGGAGGAAAGCAGAAGCUGUCUAUGCUGUGGUCACUGUGCUGCCUUACCAUCUCUCUCUCUGUGGUCACUGUGCUGCCUUCCCAUCUCUCUCUCUCUCUCUCUCUCUCUCUCUCUCUCUCUCUCUCUCUCUCUCUUUAUAUAUUAGGGUUUACAUUACAGUGAGUCCAAGUUAAGUUUCCGUAUGAAUCGGGUUUGUGGUCGGUCUUGGAAAACUUGAAGUUUGCCGAACUAUGUAACACCUCAUUAAGAACAACAUGGUUAAAUGCUCCUUUUGCUUC